AUGUGGUCGGAAAUAGGAGCCGUGCUGGCCGUUUUUGCAGCAGCUGGUCUAUCCAUCUUUCUAGUAGUCACAUUAGUUCUAAUGAUAUCGAAACUUUUAACAGAGCCGGUCAAAAUUAUGUGCAACUGUCCGACGAGAUUGGAUGGCAAAACGGUUCUGGUUACUGGUGGAAAUUCAGGAAUCGGCUUCGAGACAGCUAAAGAUCUAGCGAAACGCGGCGCAAGAGUGAUUAUCGCUGAUAAGAAUAACGCUGAAGGAUCAGUAGGAGACAUCAUCAAAAGCACAGGGAAUUCCCAAGUUGAGUAUCGUCAUUUGGAUCUAGCUGAUUUCAAAAGUGUCAGAGCUUUCGCGGACGAUGUCAAUAAGACUUUUGAUCGUUUGGAUAUUCUGGUGAACAAUGCUGGGUGUCUUAUAGAAGAUAAACGUUUAAGUAAAGACGGUAUUGACUUGAUGAUGCAAGUCAACUAUCUAGGACCGUUCCUUUUGACGAAUUUGCUUCUGGAGAAGCUUAUCAAAGCCCAAAGCCGUAUAGUUAUCGUCUCCUCUGGACUCUACAGCUACGGAGAGGUAGAUCUACAAGAUCUGACCGGUUCGAAGCCAGAGAACUUCUUCAAAGCCUACAUCAACACUAAGCUGUGCACUGUGUUAUGGACGAAGGCCCUGGCGAAGAACCUUCCAUCGAAUGUGUCUGCAUUCUGCCUACACCCAGGAAUGGUUUCAACUAACAUCGUAGCUCGAUUCAACGGUAUACUUGGCACAUUUUUCAAGAGAAUGUUCCUAUGGCUGGUGAAAUCUCCCUACGAGGGUGCACAAACCAGUAUUCACGCAUGUAUAGCACCAGGAAUCGAGACGUUAUCAGGAAGUUACUUCUCAAAUUGUCGGUUGACACCCACGGCCAAGCUGGUUAAUGAUCCCAAACUUGUGGAAGACCUGUGGAAAGAAACGACGCUUCUAUUAAAAGAUAUACUAAAUAAAUAA